UGGAGGUCGCGACGCUGCGAUAUUCCGUGUUAGCUAGCGAUCGAUCGAAAGGAGCUCGAUCGAGAAAAAAAGUUGCUCGUUGGGGACUGGUGUCGGCAACUUACUCGGUCCGUUUACUCGUGCCGAAGGUGAACCGCUCUCGCGGAACGCGACCUACGAAAUUCCAUUCUCGCCUCGAUUUUGCCAGUUGCGUAAACGAACGGUCGAGCGUGCGCGUGCACCACGGUGCACGCACACCCGUUGACCGGCGCUUCGCGUGAUCGCGCUUUCACCUAGGUGCAAUUUCUUUGGUGGUACGCGCAAUCCUCCUCCGUCUCCCAUGAAAGAGUAAUCGAACGCAAAUAAAAGCGACACCGAUGAUCGUAACUCGUACGAUUAGACUUAGCGCGAAACAAUCGUGCAUCGUUUCGCGUUUCUACGACCGCUAAACGGCUACGUUUUACGAGAUUUUGCCAGGCUUUACGAGGCUGUACGACGGCACGGGCAAACGUGGCUUUCUCUCUUUUGUAGUCCGUUCGAUCGGAACGUCAUUUUUCCUCGUUGUUUGGUGUCCGUCCACUAGCGAAUCGGUAGUUGCGCAAGAAGAUUCGUGACGCGGGAACCUGGAACGCGGGCUCGUUCUUUUCCGUCGACUCGAUGGCCUCGUCGAUGUCAUCGAUGAUAUUUGUCGAUUUGGCAUUUCGGCUGAUCGGGCGGUUCUGCGUUCACCGAGCAAACGACAAAACGCGACGUGUACGCGUACCACGAAGGCGAUCGAACGUUGCGCGCGCUUGGACGGACGGAUGUUGGUGGUCGCGACCUUCGUCGCUGGGUCGAUGUUUAACAGCGAGACGAUGCGCAUCGCGUAUGUAUAAGCGAGCGAUUCUGCUUCAGACCGAUCUUGGAGCCGGUGGCUCGAUGAUUGUCCGUCACGAUCGUAGCUGAAUUCGAAGGCUGAGCGCCACAAGGUCGUCGAUGUGGAAAACGCGCACGAGCCACGAUCGGUCGUGUUCGAGGGAAGCGUUUGCCGUACGAGACGGUGCAAACUUGGUCGACGAUUCGCUCCGACCUCCGAGCGCGCGUCGGCUUUUGAAAUCGCCGAAGCUUCGCGUCGAAAAGUAGAACACGGGGCAGCGGUGGCUGUCGGGGCAUUGAUGAUCAUCGUUGCCGCGAUUUUGGCUGCGGUCUUUCCAAAAUUGGUCGACGUUUUGCUGAACAGAGAGAUCGCCCUUCGAGAUGGUGGCCGCACGUUCAACUGGUGGAGGGAACCUCCGGUGUCGCCUCGAUUGAGCGUCUACAUUUACAAUGUGACGAACGCCGAUGAAUUUUUAAACGAUGGCGAGAAACCAGCAUUGGUGGAACUCGGGCCGUACGUGUACAUGCAACACUGGGAAAAGGUCGACGUAAAAUUCAACGAUAACGAUACGUUGUCGUACAAAAUGAAGAAGGAGUUCGUUUUCGUACCGGAACUGUCGGUCGGCUCGGAAGAGGAUUUGGUCGUGGUGCCAAACAUACCGAUGCUUUCGGCCACCACCCAGUCCAAGAAUGCAGCGCGUUUCUUGAGGUUGGCGAUAGCCUCGAUCAUGGACAUACUGAACAUAAAGCCGUUCGUCGAGGUUUCGAUCGGUCAACUGCUCUGGGGCUAUGAGGACCCGUUGCUCAGAUUGGCCAAGGACGUGGUUUCGAAGGAUCAAAAGUUGCCGUACGAUCAAUUCGGUUUGUUGUACGGGAAAAACGGGACAACGCCCGACUGGUAUACCAUCUACACCGGCCAAGAAGACAUCGGUAAAUACGGAAUUCUGGACAAGUGGAAUGGAAAGAGCAGCCUGGGCCACUGGACCACGGCGGAGUGCGACAGCGUCGCUGGUAGCGACGGAAGUAUCUUUCCGCCACGCAUCACCAAGCAGACGGUGCUGAAAGUGUUCGACAAGGAUCUUUGCAGGGCAUUGCCCCUGGUGUUUAAGGAGGAGGUGACCAUCGCUGGUGGAGUACCCGGGUAUAGGUUCGUGCCCGCGAACGGCGCGUUCGCUUCUCCGAACAGAUUGGCGACGCAGCGAUGUUUCUGCCCAGCGGGUCCACCUUGCGCUCCCGAGGGAACCUUCAACGUCUCGCUCUGCCAGUACGAUUCGCCGGUGUUGCUCAGUUUUCCGCAUUUUUACCUUGCGGAUCCGUCGCUUCGAGAGUCGGUAAGCGGAAUAUCGCCGCCGGACGAGGAGAAGCAUCAAUUCUACAUCGACGUUCAACCGAUGAUGGGCACAUCAUUGAGAGCGAAAGCAAGAAUUCAGAUAAAUCUGGCGGUGAAGCAAGUGCGGGACAUUAAGCACGUCGCCUCGUUCCCGGAUAUUGUUUUCCCGAUCAUGUGGUUCGAAGACGGCAUCGACGAACUUCCGGCAGAGAUGCGAAGCCUGAUGAAGAUGGCCGUGGACGUGCCACCGAUAGCUCGAGCAGCGGUAUCCGGAGCUCUGGCAGCGAUCGGAGCGAUCGUUUUGAUAGGAGCGCUGCUGUGUCUGGCGCGCGCCGCCAAACGACAAGAGAAGCUGCACCUCACCAAUCCGUUGCCUUCGAACGCGACCGCGGGCAAAACCGGUCAGCUGAACCCGGCUUUCCAGAAUUCAUCCAGUUCCAAGUAGAUCGUCCGGUUGCUCGGUCGGCCGUUUCUACGUCCUGCGAUCUCGACCGUGUACGCGUUAUGUUUUCGCCUUGGCAAUUUUCCAAGGGAUACAACGAUCGAGAGAGCGAGAGACGUAUAGAGAGAGAUAUAUAGCGAGCGAGAGAGAGAGAGAGAGAGAGAGUGAAACAAUUAAAAUCGCUGCGUAAGAAUCGUUUCGGUCUUGAAUCGCUGUCGUUGUCGUCGUCGUCGUCGUCGUCGUUAUAGUUACCGUUGUCGUUGUCGUUGUCGUUGUCGUUGUCGUUGUCGUUACCGUUGUCGUUGCCGUUGUCGUUGUCGUUGUCGUUGUCGAUGUCGUUGUCCUUGUCGUCGUUCUUAUUCCCUCUUAGAGAAAAGGGGAGAGGGCAAUCACGUUGUUUCGCGUAACGAUAACGUUUACCUUUUACGAGGACUUUCGCCGGGUAGUAGUAUAACGACGGCCGGCCGUUCCACGCUUUGUUCACGCGUAUAUUACACUCGAGCAAUACCUCGGUUUCCACCGAAUCGUUCGCGUCUUUGUAGAUUUGCGCGAAUUUAAGCGAACGAGAUUUCAGCGUGUUGCGUGCGCGUGUGCGCGCAUACAACACGCGCGUACAACAAGAGGAGAGCAAUUACGAGAUCGUGCGAACAGGAGAAGGGAAUUAGGAACAGAGGUGGGGUGGAAAAGUAGUAGGAAGAAAGUACGGACGAAUUUCUAUCGUGGAACGUGCUCCAUCGUCCGGACGAAUUAUCGUCAUCGAUGGCCGAUUUAUCAAAGACCGUGUGCGUCAGCGAUCGAUAAAGAUUCUCGUCUCUCGUUACCGUACAUGAGAAAAUCCUUCCGUCCAACGUGCGCUCGAUCGAGUGCGCGAGAUCAGACGCGAGCCAAGUCGUCGUCCUCGGACUUUGACAUACUUGGUGGCCGUCGAGAUCUAAUUGUUAUUCAUUUACCUUCGUUUAUUUGUAUUUCGUUGUAAACACGUUAUUCGAGAUAGACUACGGUUAGAUUUCUAGAUGAAUUUAGUUUUUUACGAUGCUGUAAAGGGGGUGGAGAGGAAGUGCGGGAGAGGUAAAGAAAGAGAGAGGGAAAGCAGAAGAAGGGGAAGAAAUUGGAUAAGGAGGAGGAGGAGGAGGAGGAGGAGGAGGAGGAGGAGGAGGAAGACAAGGAAGAAGAGGUGGAGGAAGACAGAAAAAUAAAGUAGCCAAAUAGUUUUGAAAUCGGAUCGAUUGGAGACGAUUUCGAACGACGUCGUGGAAAUUUACAAUAAAACCGUGUGCGACAAGUA